AUGACAAAGAUCAAACCCAGACUCAUCGCCCGCAUCUCUUGCCAGGAAUGUCGUCGUAGAAAGACAAGAUGCAACUACGACGGCCAAGGUGAUAAGUGCUCGACAUGUGCCAGGAUCGGGACCGCAUGCAUCUUCUCCCAGAAGAAUGGAGUCGUCCUAGACAUGGAUAAGGUCAUGGAGGAAAACAACCCACACCUCGUCCACCAACGUGAAAAGGAGCAGCGGGCCAAGGAGCGAGAACGGGAGCGAGAUCUUCUCCAGGCCGAAUUGUCGUCGUCCUACCCUUCCAGUGGAUUCGCAACACGGUCCAACAGGAGCAACAGCGCCGGCGGUAUGCUUGGCCGGUCCUCAUCCACCGAGGAUCUGUCGCACGUCAUGGAUCGUCUGCAGAUUGACAACUACGGUAUCGCACCCCAUACCCUCCGCAGCUUCAGCCAAGUCGCAGGCGAUAAUGACUCUGCAGAGCCCUCCUCCGGUGAAUCCUCAGCAACAGAGUCCACUGAGCCCGCCACCUCCACAGUGACACACGACCCCGACCAGCCGUUCCACAAACGUCGUAGUAUUAGCGAUGCUAUCCCAGGCACACAGCAACGAACCCGAGGUCGCUCCGAGCCCCUGGUCGACAUUCAGCCAGACCUUAUCGACCUUUACUUUCAGCAUGUCCAUCCCUUUCUCCUUAUCGUCCACAAGCCCAGUUUCCUCCGACGAUUAUACGACCCCAAGGACCCUGUGCCCGACUUUUUGCUGGCUGCCAUCUAUGCUGUGGCGUCUCAAUAUUCCCCCGGGCGAGUUCAGGACGGUCGUCGAUAUUUUGACCUUUGGCUGAGUCGCCUGGAUGACACCCUCGACAAACCUCGACUGGCAACUAUUCAGGCGCUGUUGUUGAUUAUUAAAUACCAGGAGAGCGUCAAGCACAACGGAUUCUACUUUCGCACAUACAUGUACGCCCAAAUGGUCAUCGUUCUCGCCAGGGAACUGCAACUCCACAAGACGUCUCCUGUCAGCAUGAAACUGGACAAGGAGAGCCAUGAGGUGCGCCGGCGAUUGUUCUGGUCCAUCUUUGUGUUGGACCAGUUUAUCUCGGUCUCACAGGGCAGGUCGAUGAGUUUCAGAGAUGUCGAACCGGAAGCGGACAUGCCCUGCAUCAACAACGAAGACCCUGACGACACCCAGGAGGUCGAAAACAUUCUCAACUUCAUCGAAUACAUCAAGCUCUCCAAAAUCAACCACCAGGCGCUAAUGCUCGUCCGCAAAUCCCUCACAAAGGCCAUCCGAGCCGAAGAUGCCAUUCCCCAGUGUCGCGUCAUUACCUCCGCCAUGGUGGCCUGGAAAGCCAGCCUUCCUAUUCGGCUCCAAUUGGCAUCCAACAUGUCUGCUCGGACACCUUUUGGCGCCAUGCUCCACAUGGUAUAUCAUGCCUGUCUGCUCAUGACCUUACGCAGCUUCUGCGAUGAUAUAUCAGUCAGCCAGCCGGAGAUGACAGCGAACUCCCGGGAAACCUGCUCUGUUUCGGCCACCAAUAUCACAGUCAUUACGGACGACCUUUUCACCAACCAUGGCAUUGUCUCCCUGACAUACCCGGUUCGAGGAUGCUACUUUGUCAUCUACUGUCUGAUUGCAGCAGCCACCAUCCAAGCGAACGACAUCCGUCGUGGAACAAGCGGACCAAUCAUGUUCAAGCGAUCCCUGGCCCUGUUGAACAUCAUCCUCCGUGAGUCUACCGCCGCCGAUAUAGAAAAGGAAGUCGAACUGCUGAAAAACUCUAUGGACUCCUCCAUGGAUUACCAAGGCGAUUAUGCCUACUCGCCAAACCCACAGUACGACCAUCGACCACCCCUCAAGCAUAUCCUCCCCAUGUCACAAAAGUAUGGCUCUCGGAUGCCCUUUGGCAGUUCUGGCGUGACACCCAUCCGCAUGAGGAAAAUCUCGCCCAAGGUCGGAGGCCCAGCGACAGGAAGCAGCGACGGAGUGAGCAAGAGCAAAACUGCUGCGGGACAUCCAGACGGUUCUCAAGGCUUCAACGAUCGCACCUUAGGUGCCACUCAAUCGAACCCUGGACAGGUUGGACAGCCCAUGGCGAGCUCCGCACCUCUUCCGACCCCAGUCGACUCCAAGGCCAACGUCCAGCUCAUCAGUAACUCCCUCAACAAUAAUUUACCUCGCCCUCAGCAGCAGGAUCAAGGAACUUUCAACAGUGGUUCCAACAGUGGAAUCGCGAAUGGCUGGGCCCAGGCAGGAGAUCGCUCGUUGGAUGAUUUGAAUCGUCUGAAGCUGACAUCGUCACCAGAGGUGCCAAACCGACCCAUCCACGCCUUGUUACCAACAGCACCGAUUCUGCCAAGCACGAACGCAUCUUUGUCUUCGUUCCCCGCCCGGGCACCAUACGCAUCAGACUUCAAUGGACUCGCCCUGGCACAGCAGCAACCACUGUCGACCCCAGGAGGAUCUACCCUUGCGCCUAUGAUGUCGCUAGCCCAGUUUUUAUUACUACAAGAAGAACAGCAGAGGCAACAGAAGCAGUCAACUCAGCUCUUGGAUUCAUCGCCUCCAGUAUCCUCCCUUGACCGACUGUCAGCGGCCCAGAUCCAGGAGCAACAUCGCCUGAACCAGCAACGGCAGUUUAUGCACCUCCAACGAGAAUAUCAACAGAGGCAACAGCAACAGCAGCAACAACAACAACAGCCACAACAGCAACAACAGCAACAACAGCCACAGCAGCAACAAGAGCCGAACUCUGCAGACGUCAACUCAUUUCUUUCCAACUUUUCAUCAUUGACGAGCUACCAACAAUUAAACUCCGACCAGGCGCAGAACGAGCUCAUGAGAAUGCUCAGCUCGUCAGUAGUGAGCUAUCAGGAUGGAUUCAGCAACGAAAGCGCAAUGAGCUUUGCGACAGCUUACUUGCAGCAGCAGCAGCAGCAGCAGCAGCAGUCUGGGCUUCACCCAAACACGUUUCCAGCUCAACCCCUCAGUCCUCCGACCAAUGCCGUCCCCCAGCAGGAAGGAUAUGCUGCACCCGCUAUAAUGAAUGACAGUCCGUCACCCGACUCGUUCCAGCCUAUAGAUAUGGCCAGUUCGUUCCCGAGCUAUCUCUGUCCAGACAGCAAUGUGCCCGUGGGAAUUCGACAGGCAUUGGGCGAUGCGGACAGAAUGUUCAGGUUUCAAGCGCAGCAGGGGAUGGCCGGGGCCGAUGACUCGCUGUUCCCCAAUGAGCGUCGUCAGACCAUUCACUCUCAGCAGCAGCAGCCUCCGUACCCAUAA